AUGACCAGCUAUAAUCCCCUGAUAUCAUCAUACACCAUCGACUCUCACCGUAAUCUAUCAUUCACAAACCCAACUGGAUCAAGCGGUUGGAUGUGUAGACAGAGCGGUACGUGGGGAAUCCAAGAUUGUUCUGGGUUCUCCAUCUCAGUAGGAUCAAAUGGUCCAAAGGGAAAAUACGGAACGAUCUUCUUUGAAGGUGUUUUCGAAGGUGGCAAACAUCAAUUCAUACCUGGCAAGGAUUAUACAACUUCUUCAGAUGGAACUUUCAAGUUUUAUCAUCCCGAUCCUACCAAGCAUGCUUGGUUAGUGGUCAAGUCAGGUGGAAGGUUAAUGUAUGAGGAUAGUAAAGGUAAUUUCACGGUCGUUGAGAAAGAAGGGAAAGUGACGUUUGUUGAUAUUUUCGUGGAGAAGGACAAAGUAGAUGGUGAGGAUGCGGCUUCCGGUGAAAAUGCAGACUGUGAUAGUCUCACUUCCGAAAGUGUUUUCAUGCCAUGGGUGAAUUUGGGUAAGCUCGUACCUGCCAAGCGAAUUGGGAGGGAUCAAGACGACAAUGAAGGAAAUUUUUCGUCUCACCAACAAGGCUUCAGUGAUAAGGUGAAGAACAUUCUAAAAACUCCAAAAUGGGUGAGUAGGGGAACCGCAUCGGGUCAAGCAUUUAGUGAAAGUUAG